GAGAACCGACGGAUUCUACAAGUUUUAUAGCGAAGAUCGGGGUCACCACCCAGGAAAUGUUGAACAAGUGUUUAGUCGUGGAGAGACUUUAGCGAACCAAUAUGCCUGUAGCCAAGACCUAUGUGAUCUCCAUCUGCUUGGCGCUGCUUCUAACAGGCGCCCAUUCCUUUAAGGAAGUUCUUAUCGUGGGCCGCAACGGGACGAUGAGGUACGAGCCCGCCCUACUAACCCUCGAACAGAUGCGCACCUUUGCGGAGCUCUCAGACCCGGAGCACUUGCGGCAAACAGUCCACAGGCUGGCAGUGAGGCGAGUCGUUGGUACUCCGGGACAUGCCGCCGUGCGGGAUUUCAUCAUCGACUCCCUUAGGGCGCUGGGAUGGCACGUGAAUCUGGACAUUUUCAACGGACAAGUGCCGAUCCUGGGUUCCGUGACGUUCCACAAUAUCGUGGCCAAGCUGAGCUGCAAGGCCAGGCGGUACCUGAUGCUGGGCUGCCACUACGACAGCAAGUACUUGGCUCGAUCAGAGUACGUGGGUGCCACGGAUGCGGCCGUUUCCUGUGCCCUGAUGUUGAACAUGGCCCGAGUGCUGCAGAAGCAGCUGCGGGCCUUGCGGCAGGCCCAGAUCGGCCUCCUGUUCGUGUUCUUUGAUGGAACGGAGGCCAUCGGGAGUUGGUCCGACGAGGAAUCGCUUUACGGCUCCCGUCACCUGGCGGACCUCAUGUACGAGAGGGGCCUGCUGGACGGCAUAGACCUUUUCGUACUGCUCGACCGCGUUGGGGCCAAGGACAUGUCCUUCUUCAGCCACAUUCCCCGCACGGUCGGAUGGUUCCAGCGUUUGGUUCAACUGGAGCAGAAGCUGUCCAAAGCAGGACUGUUAAAAGCGCAGCGAUCGUACUUCCAAUUCAUCGCCAGGGACGAUCCGCGGGACGAUCAUGUGCCAUUCCUCAGGCGCCAGGUGCCCGUUCUGCACCUGACAGCGGAGGAGUCCUCCACCCAGGUGUGGCACAAGGUCACCGAUGUCGAGGGCAGAGUGGACUACGGCAGCACGGAGCAAGUGGCUCUGAUUGUACGCCUGUUUGUCCUCGAAUAUCUGCUGUCGGCUCCGUCAUCCUCCGGCCAGCUGCUCCCCCCCUGCCUGGCCCUACUCUCGACUCUCGCUGCUCUGUCUCUGUCUCUGCCGCUGCCGCUGCCUCUGCGUCUGUCCUGAGCAGACUUUUGACUUGUCCAGGCAACCGAAUCGUAUCAAAUUUCCAUCCAUCCUUUGCUCGCCCCAAAAAAGCCACCAGAGAGCCACAGGCAACACUCGAAAUUUAUGUACGCUGCUCCUCUCUCGUUGAAAACAACACAAAAGUUAAUUAAACUUGAAAAUAAUAAAAGCAAA